UUCUUAACUGAACAGACCCCCUAGGUUGCUGUUUCAACUGAUCUAUUUACUCAAAUGCCAACAGUCCCGAUUACCUUGAAAAUGUCCCGCGUCCCGAUGCAUAGGAAUAAAGUACUGAUAUUUACACAUAGAAAAAAAAUCAUUUAUGCUGCACAGUAGAGUUAGUGAAAAUCAUCUGCUGGUCACUAACUUACUAGUAUACAAAGUCCUCAUUCUCCCCUGCCCCCACACUCUCUCACACACGACAAGCAUUUCCUCUCCAGCAACUGUAUAUAUAACGUAGGCUGCCGCAGACUGGCUCACACAGCACCUCCCACUCUGACACAAUGGCCAGACUGGACAUCACAGAGAGCUUCCACCAGACCGACUUCCCAGGACACCUGCACACCCAGGAGUCUCUGCGCUUCGCCCAGGAGUUUGAAUUCCAGGACUCUGACACCCUCAUUGUCACCUACCCCAAGUCAGGCACCACCUGGAUGCAGGAAAUCCUGACCCUGGUGUCCAGCAGAGGAGACCCAACUCCAGCAAAGACCAUACCGAAUUGGGCGCGGGCCCCCUGGCUGGAGCAGUAUUACUUCCGGGACAUCCUCAGGGCCUCACAGGGCCCCAGACUCAUCACUACACACCUGCCCUAUGAAGUCCUGGCCUCGGCUCUCCGUGGCUCCAAGGCAAAGGUGAUCUAUGUUGCCCGAAACCCCAAAGAUGUUGCAGUAUCUUACUACCACUUCCAUAAAAUGGCUAAAUUCCUGCCUGACCCCAACACAUUCGAGGAGUUCCUGGACAAUUUUAUGGAAGGAACAGUGCAUUAUGGGUCGUGGUUUGACCAUGUCAAGGGCUGGACCAAUCACAGAAAUGACCUCAACUUCUUCUACAUCACAUAUGAGGAGAUGUUGCAUAACCUGAGAGCCUCUCUGGAGAAGCUGUGUGGUUUUCUACAGUGCCCCCUGCUGCCAGAAGAAUUGACGAACAUCCAGAGACAUUGCUCUUUCAACAGCAUGAAAGAGAACAACAUGGUGAACUACACUCUUAUACCCAGCGAGAUCAUGGACCAUAGCAAGAGCCAGUUCAUGAGGAAGGGUAAAACCGGAGACUGGAAGGAACUUUUCAGCAGCAAACAGAACAAUCACUUUGACGACAUUUUUGAGGAAGAGAUGCUUGAUUCCGAGCUGGAGUUCAUCUGGGAGUGAUUCCUCUGGUCUAACAGAGCUGGGGUUCAUCUAAGAGUAAUUCCUCUUGUGUAACAGAGCUGUGGUUUAUCUGGGAAUAGGAUUUGGUAUCCCAAAGACCUAAAGUAAAGCCUAAUAUCUUACUGUAAUAUAUGAUAGUGAAUAUACUGUAAAGUAUAGUAUUAUUACCUCAUUAUGAUAUUUAAAAUCAUUUAAAUGACACAGUUAUAUACUGUAAGAACACAUGUGUAAUUCUUAAAGGGUUGCAAUCUUACUGUACAAGUAGCGUUAACUUUAAUUUAUGCAAAGAAAUGACAAGUGAGUACAUUAGACUCCAGAUUAACUCAAUUUCAGUGUAACUGCAUUGUAACUGCUAUAAUUGUUCUGCUUUUGUAGUGUGGUAAUAUGCAGGUUGUUAAGCUAUAGUCGAAUGUCACUGCUCCUAUACCUCACAUAUCUAGUAGUAUUGCCACUGUAGGAAAUGUACUGCAAUUUUAUAACAAGUUGUAAUAAAAAACGUAAUGUAAGCUUUAUUGUAAACCACUGUGUUUUAGACAUUUUUGUAUUAGAUAGAUAUUUGUUUUUGAGACACUUUAAUUAAUAUUACUUAACGUAUAAUGUAUUUUCAUAUAUGAUGUUACAUGAUGUUUUAUAUGGUUUUGUAUUUGCACUUUAUUGUAUUAAUAUUCGUUGUUUGUCCAUUUUUCAAGAUGUUAAUAUAUAGAGUAUGUAGCUUUAUGAAAUAUAUUAUACGAAAAGCAGACAGAUAAUAAAUAAAAUGCCAGCUCACAGCGAUGUGUAGUGUCCAGACACUUUUAACAAACAGUUUAGCAAAUACCUUUUAGAAAUAACAAUAAAAAAAAAUGAA